UUGAUGAUAGUAUAAUACCUAACUACAAAGUUCUUAAAUAUUUUCCAAUAUGUGUGAUUCUAUUGAGAAUUCCCCUGGCAGGAAAGCGAUGGAAAUAAUGGAAACUCUGCAUAAUGAUAUAGUUUUCAAGAAACCCAUUGGAAAAGCUAAAAAACGAAACAAGAAGAAAGUUUUACAAGAAGAAACCUAUGUGGAGGAAAUUGGAAAAAUCAUCCAAAGGGAUUUUUUUCCUGAUCUUGAAAGACUCAAAGCACAAAAUGAAUAUUUGGAUGCUCUUGCUCUCAAUGAUCAAGUAAAGCUUAAAGAACUUUAUAGGAAAUAUAGUGGCAGUAGACCCGCUCCAGAGAGAAGUAAGUACACAAGUUCAGUAUGGACUGACACAUUGAAAUUGGGAAGUUAAUAUUCAUUUUAACAGUUCACACUAUUAUUUGAAAUAUUUUCACAAAUAUACAAUCACAAAUCUGAAGCCAAUAUUUGACACGCUGGUAAUGGAAUCUACCUAACCACCUACUGCUGAUCACGAAUCUGAAGCCAAAAGUUGGUGUUGCUAUCUAAAAUUUGACUAUUUCAAAAACUCUCAG